GGAAACCUUAAUCUUUAACAUCAAUAUUUAACAAGAAAGCAUGGCAGAUAAUAAGCCGCACUUUGGAAAAAUCCCCGCAUGUGACUAUUGUCGGAGCAAAAAGCUCAGGUGCUCCAAGGAAAGACCAAUAUGCAUGACUUGCGCGCGGUCUGCAAGACCGUGUCGUUAUAGCCAGAGGACUCCAAGAACUCCUCUUACGCGAGACUAUCUGACAAGAGUCGAGAGACGCCUUGCAAACGUAGAGCGCCUGUUUAAUCAGCUCCUCCCUGAAGUUGACAUCAAUGAAGCCCUGGCAUCGCGGGGAGUUGAAGCUCCUGCAGACGCGUCCCAGCCGAAUGCAUCGCUGUCGCCACCAAUAAAUCUUACUUCGCCCGACAAUGCUAUAUCACCCGACAGUCCUCAUCAGCUCGGAGGUGCCAUUUCGGAUGCCGUGCCUGCAGAAGUCGAUGGCUUCGAUUGGCAGGAAGACGUGGAUGAGCUGACCGAUGGGAUGGCGUCAUUAUCCGUUGAGCCGAGAGGGGCAGGAUACUUGGGGCCGACUGCUGGUGUCUUUUUUCUCAGAUCGCUACUUUUAUGGACGGGCCACUCGAGAGCCUUCAUCGGCGAUAGCCCUGAAGUUUCAAGGCCCUACGCUGGAAUGAAGUCUUCUUCCCAGUUGUCCAACUCGGUCACGUCAAGACAAGUUAUCGAGCAAUUGGUAAAUAGCUACUUUGAGGUCUACCACCGCAGCUAUCCUUUUGUGCACGAACCCACCUUUAGAGCCCAGCUUCACGAGGUUAUACAGCGACCAAAACGGCGGUCGUGGCAGAUGCUGCUCUAUACCAUUAUGGCACUAGGAGCGUGGUGUCUCAACAACAAUAACACGGAACUCGAUGAUGAGCUGUACCAUCACGCGCUAUCGUUCGGAGAGGCCGAAUGUUUGUUCGAAAGCGCGGAUUUGACCUUUGUUCAAGCUCUCAUUCUGUUCAGCAAUCUAAGUCAGAAGCGCAAUAAGCCUAACACGGGAUCAAACUUCCUUGGACUGGCCACGCGAAUGGCCCUCAGCUUGGGUCUUCAUAGAGAGCUACCCGAUUGGAACAUUAAUCUCUUGCAGCGAGAGAUGCGCCGCCGCGUCUGGUGGGGGCUGUACAUGUUUGACAGUGGUGCCUCGACUACCUUUGGGAGGCCAAUUCUUCUUCCAGGGGAGGAGGCCAUGGACGUACGACCAGUCCUUAAUAUUGAUGAUGAGGACCUCACGAGUGGAACAGAACUUCCACCAAAAGAGGUUAAUAAACCGACACUGUACUCAGGCAUGAAGUACCAGAGCGAUCUACACGUCAAGUCCAAUUACAUCUCAAACCGCCUGCUCUCAUCUUCAUGUGUCUCACCAGAAGACGCUUUAUCCAUGGAUGCAACACUGGACAAAUGGUCUAACUCAUUGCCGGAGUACUUAAGGCUGGAUCAUGAUGUCCCUUCAGCUGAGCCUGCGUUCUAUUUCAACAGGUCACGUCUCUGGUGGCGCUUCUGGAACCUCAAAAUCAUCAUCUUCCGCCAGUUAUUCCUCAAACGGGCAAUUGGGAAGGGACAUUCUAGCAUAACUACACCAGUCAAUGAGGUUGACGAAAGAUGCAUGAGCAUUGCCGUACGCGCUGCUAGUGCGACGAUAGCUACGAUCGAUCAGUAUACCCGGGAGAGACAAAGGACCAGGCUCGUGACUUGGUACUCCAUCUAUUUCACAUUCCACGCUUCCCUGGUCAUCAGCCUUGCUAUCCUUAGUGACUCAGCAUCACCAGACAUGUCCAAGUGGCAGGAGGACGUCAACACGGUCCGUCACAUCUUCCGAGAUGUGUUUGUGGACAAUGAGCUCGCGACUCGCUGCGCCAACAUUCUCGACGUUAUUUUGCCAGACCCUCUGCUGACACCGGGUGACUGGGCAAACGUCCAGCUCGAUCCUAUGCUCAUGGACUUUUCGACGUGGCCGACAGCAUCUGAAGAAGAGUUUGCCAGCGUCCUUGGCUGGCCAGAUUGGGCCAACUUUUCGCAGUAAAAUGGACCUC